AUGUUUCUCAAACAAUACAACUACAAACCUAAGACGGGUAGCGCUUCCUCUGCAAGUGCAGACCAGCAACCAGCUCAAACAGCUCCUGCCAACACAAACGACCAGCCCUUCUCUGCUGCCAAUGCUGGACGAAGAAGAUCAUCCGGUCAAUACUCAGGCUUGAACGGCUACAAGAGAACUUCCGGAGAAGAGAGAAGGACCAGUAUACAAGAUCAAUCCAAGGAUGGCGGUGUGUUGGGGAAUAUGUGGAACAAUUUCACAAAGGGUGGCAAGUAA